UUACCAGAUGUAGAUUCAAUUUUGAGAUAUAAAGUCGCAAUUACCAGAUAUAGAUUCAAUUCUGAGAUAUAAAAUCGCAAUUACCAGAUAUAAAGUCGUAAUUACCAGAUGUAAAGUCGUAAUUAUCAGAUAUAGAUGCAAUUUUGAGAUAUAAAGUCGCAAUUACCAGAUAUAGAUUCAAUUCUGAGAUAUAAAGUCACAAUUACCAGAUAUAAAGUCGUAAUUACCAGAUGUAAAGUCGUAAUUAUCAGAUAUAGAUGCAAUUCUGAGAUAUAAAGUCGUAAUUGCCAGAUAUAAAGUAAUUACCAGAUAUAGAUGCAGUUCUGAGAUAUAAAGUCACAAUUACCAGAUAUAAAGUCGCAAUUACCAGAUAUAGAUGCAAUUCUGAGAUAUAAAGUCACAAUUACCAGAUAUAAAGUCGUAAUUACCAGAUAUAAAGUCGUAAUUACCAGAUAUAGAUGCAGUUCUGAGAUAUAAAGUCGCAAUUACCAGAUAUAGAUGCAAUUCUGAGAUAUAGUCACAAUUACCAGAUAGAAAGUCGUAAUUGCCAGAUAUAGAUUCAGUUCUGAGAUAUAAAGUCGUAAUUAUCAGAUAUAGAUUCAAUUCUGAGAUAUAAAGUCACAAUUACCAGAUAUAAAGUUGUAAUUACCAGAUAUAGAUUCAAUUUUGAGAUAUAAAGUCGCAAUUACCAGAUAUAGAUUCAAUUCUGAGAUAUAAAAUCGCAAUUACCAGAUAUAAAGUCGUAAUUACCAGAUGUAAAGUCGUAAUUAUCAGAUAUAGAUGCAAUUUUGAGAUAUAAAGUCGCAAUUACCAGAUAUAGAUUCAAUUCUGAGAUAUAAAGUCACAAUUACCAGAUAUAAAGUCGUAAUUACCAGAUAUAGAUUCAAUUCUGAGAUAUAAAGUCGCAAUUACCAGAUAUAGAUUCAAUUCUGAGAUAUAAAAUCGCAAUUACCAGAUAUAAAGUCGUAAUUACCAGAUAUAGAUUCAAUUCUGAGAUAUAAAGUCGCAAUUACCAGAUAUAGAUUCAAUUUUGAGAUAUAAAGUCGCAAUUACCAGAUAUAGAUUCAAUUUUGAGAUAUAAAGUCGCAAUUACCAGAUAUAGAUUCAAUUCUGAGAUAUAAAAUCGCAAUUACCAGAUAUAAAGUCGUAAUUACCAGAUGUAAAGUCGUAAUUAUCAGAUAUAGAUGCAAUUUUGAGAUAUAAAGUCGCAAUUACCAGAUAUAGAUUCAAUUCUGAGAUAUAAAGUCACAAUUACCAGAUAUAAAGUCGUAAUUACCAGAUAUAGAUUCAAUUCUGAGAUAUAAAGUCGCAAUUACCAGAUAUAGAUUCAAUUCUGAGAUAUAAAAUCGCAAUUACCAGAUAUAAAGUCGUAAUUACCAGAUAUAGAUGCAAUUUUGAGAUAUAAAGUCGCAAUUACCAGAUAUAGAUUCAAUUCUGAGAUAUAAAGUCACAAUUACCAGAUAUAAAGUCGUAAUUACCAGAUAUAGAUUCAAUUCUGAGAUAUAAAAUCGCAAUUACCAGAUAUAAAGUCACAAUUACCAGAUAUAAAGUCGCAAUUACCAGAUAUAAAGUCGCAAUUACCAGAUAUAGAUUCAAUUCUGAGAUAUAAAGUCACAAUUACCAGAUAUAAAGUCGCAAUUACCAGAUAUAGAUUCAAUUCUGAGAUAUAAUGUCACAAUUACCAGAUAUAAAGUCGCAGUUACCAGAUAUAGAUGCAAUUCUGAGAUAUAAAAUCGCAAUUACCAGAUAUAAAGUUGCAAUUACCAGAUAUAAAGUCGCAAUUACCAGAUAUAGAUUCAAUUCUGAGAUAUAAAAUCGCAAUUACCAGAUAUAAAGUCGUAAUUACCAGAUAUAGAUGCAAUUCUGAGAUAUAAAGUUGUAAUUGCCAGAUAUAAAGUCGUAAUUACCAGAUAUAGAUGCAAUUCUGAGAUAUAAAGUCGUAAUUGCCAGAUAUAAAGUCGUAAUUACCAGAUAUAGAUGCAGUUCUGAGAUAUAAAGUCACAAUUACCAGAUAUAAAGUCGCAUUUACCAGAUAUAGAUGCAAUUCUGAGAUAUAAAGUCACAAUUACCAGAUAUAAAAUCGCAAUUACCAGAUAUAAAGUCGUAAUUACCAGAUGUAAAGUCGUAAUUAUCAGAUAUAGAUGCAAUUCUGAGAUAUAAAGUCAUAAUUGCCAGAUAUAAAGUCGUAAUUACCAGAUAUAGAUGCAAUUCUGAGAUAUAAAGUCACAAUUACCAGAUAUAAAGUCGUAAUUACCAGAUAUAAAGUCGUAAUUACCAGAUAUAGAUGCAGUUCUGAGAUAUAAAGUCACAAUUACCAGAUAUAAAGUCGUAAUUACCAGAUGUAGAUGCAAUUUUGAGAUAUAAAGUCAUAAUUACCAGAUAUAAAGUCGUAAUUACCAGAUAUAAAGUCGUAAUUACCAGAUAUAGAUUCAAUUCUGAGAUAUAAAGUCACAAGUACCAGAUAUAGAUUCAAUUCUGAGAUAUAAAGUCGCAAUUACCAGAUAUAGAUUCAAUUUUGAGAUAUAAAGUCGCAAUUACCAGAUAUAGAUGCAAUUCUGAGAUAUAAAGUCGUAAUUACCAGAUAUAAAGUCGUAAUUACCAGAUAUAGAUUCAAUUCUGAGAUAUAAAGUCACAAUUACCAGAUAUAAAGUCGUAAUUACCAGAUGUAGAUGCAAUUUUGAGAUAUAAAGUCACAAUUACCAGAUAUAGAUUCAAUUUUGAGAUAUAAAGUCGCAAUUACCAGAUAUAGAUGCAAUUCUGAGAUAUAAAGUCGUAAUUACCAGAUAUAAAGUCGUAAUUACCAGAUAUAGAUUCAAUUCUGAGAUAUAAAGUCACAAUUACCAGAUAUAAAGUCGUAAUUACCAGAUAUAAAGUCGUAAUUACCAGAUGUAGAUGCAAUUUUGAGAUAUAAAGUCAUAAUUACCAGAUAUAAAGUCGUAAUUACCAGAUAUAGAUUCAAUUUUGAGAUAUAAAGUCACAAUUACCAGAUAUAAAGUCGUAAUUACCAGAUAUAGAUUCAAUUUUGAGAUAUAAAGUCACAAUUACCAGAUAUAAAGUCGUAAUUACCAGAUAUAGAUUCAAUUCUGAGAUAUAAAGUCACAAGUACCAGAUAUAGAUUCAAUUCUGAGAUAUAAAGUCGCAAUUACCAGAUAUAGAUUCAAUUUUGAGAUAUAAAGUCGCAAUUACCAGAUAUAGAUUCAAUUCUGAGAUAUAAAGUCGUAAUUACCAGAUAUAAAGUCGUAAUUACCAGAUAUAAAGUCACAAUUACCAGAUAGAAAGUCGUAAUUACCAGAUAUAGAUUCAGUUCUGAGAUAUAAAGUCACAAUUACCAGAUAUAAAGUCGUAAUUACCAGAUAUAGAUUCAAUUUUGAGAUAUAAAGUCACAAUUACCAGAUAUAGAUUCAAUUUUGAGAUAUAAAGUCGCAAUUACCAGAUAUAGAUGCAAUUCUGAGAUAUAAAGUCGUAAUUACCAGAUAUAAAGUCGUAAUUACCAGAUAUAGAUUCAAUUCUGAGAUAUAAAGUCACAAUUACCAGAUAUAAAGUCGUAAUUACCAGAUAUAAAGUCGUAAUUACCAGAUGUAGAUGCAAUUUUGAGAUAUAAAGUCAUAAUUACCAGAUAUAAAGUCGUAAUUACCAGAUAUAGAUUCAAUUUUGAGAUAUAAAGUCACAAUUACCAGAUAUAAAGUCGUAAUUACCAGAUAUAGAUUCAAUUUUGAGAUAUAAAGUCACAAUUACCAGAUAUAGAUGCAGUUCUGAGAUAUAAAGUCACAAUUACCAGAUAUAAAGUCGCAAUUACCAGAUAUAAAGUCGUAAUUACCAGAUAUAGAUUCAAUUCUGAGAUAUAAAAGCGCAAUUACCAGAUAUAAAGUCGCAAUUCCGACAUGUAAAGCCACAGUUCUGAGAUAUCAAGUUGUAAUUUCAAGAUAUAAGCUCACAAUUAUGCUAAAUAAAGUCACAAUUGUGAGAUAUAAAGUCAGAAUUAUCUUUUUUUAUUUUUUUAUUCCGUGGUGAGAACAAGGCACCAUAACUAAGAAUAUCAGAGUGAACACUAGACACUGAUCAGAAAACAGACGACAAUCACGGUUAUCAGAGAACAGAAUCACAGUCACUCCAUUAACGGUUUAUGCAUAAAACUAGCACUACAAACUACUUUUUUUUUUACUUGUUCUGUUUUUUUAUGUUCUUUCUUUGGUAUUCUAUCAACUGAAAUCAUUACUCUCCCUUAUUUUUACCCCCUCUUUCUCAUGUAUAAGUGCUGUUAAUCUGUGGUUUAUAAUAGUGCCUGUACAGUAAUCUGUGUCCUACAGUAUUCCCAGAUUAGGAUAAUACCGCUGUGCGGCUGUGAUAUGGGAAUAAUCACAUCAAGCCAGGGAAGAUGUUGAAGUGUGUGUGAGUGUGUUAGAUGGAGAAGAUGCGCAUAAUAUCCGAUAAUCACGGAUUAUCCGUACCCUGAUUCUUCGGCAGCCGCUGGAUAACAGACGUUUGAUCUCGUUUUUUAAUAGAAAAUGAAACGGGAGUUCAGUGUGAAGGAGUUUUGGGUGGGGGAUGGUGUCGAUUUGACUGUGUGUGUUAAGUGUCUGUAUGACUUGAUAAAACAGAGAGUGUGUGUGUGUUAAUCAGCCUUGAUAAAGUAGGGAUUUUGUAUUUGGAUAAAGAGAAGAGGUGUUUUGUGUGCGUUAUGGUGUUAGAGAGUUAUUGUGUUUAUUCACAUGCUGAGAUCAGCAUGUUUUUAGGGAAGCUGCUUUUGUUGUCUUUCGUUUGUCUAUUCGGAGUCAAAAGGGCAUCAACUUAAGCCCUGACCGACACAAUCUGCCUUUGUUAACUUAAAAUGCCGAUCCACAUUUCUGCAUUUCAUUUUAAAAAGCUUCAGUCUGGCUGUGUGAAACAGUCAGUCAUUAUACUAUAUGAACUCUUAUGGGGGUGUUUGUUUGUUUACUUGCUUUUUAAGAGCCAGACAUAAAGCUGCCUCAUUUCCAUGACAACCUCUUUAUUCUUGGGAUGGCGUCUGAACCCUUUGCCCCCCUCAACCUUAUUUUGGUGUCUCUUUUUCUCCGCUUCAGUAUCCUCUCUUUCAAUCCAGCAUGUACAGACGAGGUUUUUCCUUUAUUCCGCAUAAUGAAGGCAAUCACCGCAAUUGUAUUAAUGUAUGUACUAAUGUUUUGAUGUUGGGUCUGUUUUAUAAAAGCUGCAUUAAUUUGUUAAAAUGUCUAUGGUACGGUGAUAGAUAUGCAUAAUGUAAUAAAAACAUGGAUGGUUAGCCUGAAAAUUAAAAUGCUGUCAUCAUUGACUCACUCUCAUGUCGUUCCAAACUUGUAUUACAUUCUUUAUUCCGUGGAACACAAAAAAAGGUUUUCGGCAAAAUGUCUGGGCUUCUCUUUUCGUACAAUGAAAGUGAUUAGAAACCGGGACUGUCAAGCUCCAAAAAUGACACAAAACACCAGAAAGCAGCAUAAAACUGGUCCACACAACUCAUGGCAUGACAUGUCUUGAUGCCCCAUAUUUAACCGCGCGCAAACGCAAGUUAGAUUUGAAAGCUACACAGGAAGGGAAGAUUUUCAGUAAAAACUGACUUAAAUUCAGGUUUGUUUUGCUUUACCAUUGACAGUGUUGUAGUGACAUCAGAGGACUUGUAAUAUAGCACACAAAUCAGAUUGAAUACUUUUAUGGAGCAUUUUUGGGGCUCUACAGCCUCAGACCCCAUUUACUUUUAUUGUGUGGAAAAGAGCAGCCUGAACGUUCUACAAAAUAUCUCCUUUUGUGUUCCAGGAAAGAGAAAAAGUCACAUGGGUUUGAAAUGACAUGAGUGCAGAGUAAAUGAUGACAGAGCUUUCAUUUUUGGGCGAAUUAACACUUUAAAACAGAAUCCUUCUGAGGCAAAUGAUGUCCUGACUUAUUAAAAUAUCGAACUCAUUGCGCAGUGCUGCAUGUGUCAGUGUUUUAAUCAAUUCUUCUACAGAAACAUGAUCAUGUUUAUGUCUCUCCAGUUCAGAUCUUGCAUAUCUGUUCUCUUUAAGAACAGUCUGAGUCGCUUUAUUGUUCGGUUGGCGCAGUUAUAAUUAUAAAAGGCUUCAUCUGAAUGUAAAAUGCGCCUCACAAUAAACGGAGUGGGCGUGGUCAAGUGGGCGGGACUUCCUGCCGGGAACGUACACGAGGUUACGUGAGCCGUGCGCGUUUUUUUUUCUCUGUCAGUGGAGGCCUUUAAACUACGCCCACACAGCUCGAUCCACGCGUUUCCCCGCUUCUAACACAACCCGAAUCCACAGGACGCGAGGCCGACCGACGGAACCCGUCACACAUCGGUGCCAGCGCUCCCGGAAUACCUUCAAACCGCAUCUGAUACGGGUCAUGACGCUGGAAGCGAUCCGGUACCGGUCCGGGUCUCUGCAGAUCCUCAACCAGCUGCUGCUGCCGCACGACACCGUGUACGUCGAGGUCCGUUCGGUGCAGGACGGCUAUGAGGCCAUUAAGAGUAUGAAGGUGCGCGGCGCUCCUGCUAUCGCCAUCGUGGGGUGCCUGAGUCUGGCGGUGGAGCUGCGGGCUGGCGCUGGGGGCGAUGACCUCGUGUCGUUCAUCAGGGACUCUCUAUGUCACCUGACAUCCGCGCGACCUACAGCGGUCAACAUGGGCCGAGCCGCCCGCGAGCUGAUGGAGUUCACUGAGAAUGAGAGCAUGGAGAAAAACACAGAACAACUGAAAGACAGUGUGAUUGGCUGGAUUGAGGAGAUGUUGGAGCGAGACAUGAACGACAACAAAAAAAUCGGCAACUACGGCGCCCAGCACAUCCUGUCUGGUGUUCCAAGAGAUUCCAUUACAAUCCUCACGCACUGUAACACCGGGAGCCUCGCCACGGCAGGAUACGGCACAGCUCUCGGAGUGGUACGGUCGCUGCACACACUGGGUCGUUUGAAGCGUUUGUACUGUACAGAAACGAGGCCCUAUAACCAGGGGGCCAGACUGACGGCGUACGAGGCCGUCGCGGAGGGAUUUCCGGCCACCCUCAUCACAGACAGCAUGGCAGCGCUCGCCAUGAGAGAGAAAGGAAUUACAGCUGUCGUCGUCGGAGCAGACAGGGUUGUUGCCAAUGGUGACACGGCAAACAAAGUGGGCACAUAUCAGCUGGCUAUCGCUGCAAAGCAUCACGGGGUCCCAUUUUAUGUGGCGGCGCCCAGCACGUCCUGCGAUCUGAGUUUGGAGAGCGGCCGUGACAUUGUGAUAGAGGAACGCCCACCUGAGGAGCUCACCAGCAUCAACGGCAUACCUGUAGCUGCACCUGGUAUUGAGGUGUGGAACCCAUCGUUUGACGUCACUCCUCACCAGCUCAUCACAGGUGGCAUCAUCACCGAGCUCGGCGUGUUCCUCCCGUCUGAACUCCAGGCCGCUCUGACGGGCAGACUCACAGCUCUGUAAGGCCACAGCACCCCAGCUGGCACGGGUGUAUCACUGCACCUUCAUCACCUCACAGCUCUCUCGUAAUGUUUCACCUCACUCUGGUGGAAGUCGCACUUUUAAUCACAUACACAAGCAUCAGCACGGAGGUGUUAACAAUACACACUCUGAUCAGUUCAACACUUAUGAAGUGGAAUAACACCAUGUUACACACAAAUUGUACAACCCAGGGAUGCUUGUAAACACACACACACACACACACACACACACACGCACUUCUUUCUGUCUGUAAAGCUCAUGUGAUGUCAUCUCGUGUUGGUCUGAAUUGUUGUGAAAACGUCAUUCAAUCGUUCGUGUUUUUUUUGCUUUUUUUUUGUUUUUUUACUCUUUCGCUAUCUUCCCCUCUUUCUGGCUUAGCUCCAGUUUUUAAUGGAAAGUGUUUCAGUAAUGAAAAAAUACAGCUUUCAAUACAACUUAAGCUUUAUUGGCAGCAUUUGUGGCAUAACGUUGAUCACCACACAUUAAUUUUGACUCGUCCCUCUUUUUUUUUAUAUAUAUAUAUAUAUCCCCUUUUCUCCCAAUAUGGAAUGCCCAAUUCCCACUACUUAGUAGGUCCUCAUGGUGGCGCGGUUACUCACCUCAGUCUGGGUGGCGGAGGACAAGUCUCAGUUGACUCCGCUUCUGAGACCGUCAAUCCGCACAUCUCACGUGACUCGUUGUGCAUGACACCGCAGAGACUCACAGCAUGUGGAGGCUCAUGCUACUCUCCGCGAUCGACACACAACUUACCACGCGCCCCACUGAGAGCGAGAACCACUAAUCGUGACCACAAGGAGGUUAUCCCAUGUGACUCUACCCUCCCUAGCAACCGGACCAAUUUGGUUGCUUAGGAGAUCUGGCUGGAGUCACUCAUCACGCCCUGGAUUCGAACUCAUGACUCCAUGGGUGGUAGUCAACGUCAAUACUCACUGAGCUACCCAGGCCCCCUUGUCCCUCAUUUUUUAAAUAAAAGCAAAAAUAGCUAUUACAGUAAAGUUCUUGGAAUGGAAAUCUAUGAGGUAAGUGUUUCGGAGGAUUUAAAUACAGAAAUUUAAAACCUUGAAGUGUUCAUGUAAGUGCUUUAACCAAAAUACGUGUUAUUUGAGCUGUAGAAGUGUCUAAAGGACUACUUUUAUCAGCCACAUUAUUCUUGUGUUUGUAUUUUUUGAUGUGUGAAGUCCUUGUAAAAAAAAAAACAAAACAUAUGAGUUAAUUUUCUGUGGUAUUCAACAUUAUGCCAUAAAUUCUGUUGGUAUAGCGUAAACAUUGUUCAACUUUGAAUUAUAUAAAUAUUUCAAAACUAAGUCUUUGGUUUGAUACAGUUCACAGGUAAACAAAUUUCCUUUUAAGGGCAGACAAUUAAUUAGUUGUAAAAUUAAAUAUAACUUUAGGAAUAUAAUGUAAAUGAAGAAAGCUUAGCUUGUUUUAAAUAAGCUCUGCCCCUCACUGUACAUAUGUAUGCUUUAGCUUGUUAGCAUAAUGCUAGCAGUUGUGUUAGCAUAAUUGAUCUGAGCGCCAAUCCUUUCACAGGACGUGCUGAGGAUGAAUAAAUAACACAAUACUGAAGUCAAAAUGUUAUAUUAACAUUUAGAGAGUUUUUAAACCCACAGACGAAACUUACGAAGAUACAGAAAAGGACACUUUAAAUGCAGAUGUAGGUAUUUUACAUUCUUGAAUCUCAUGAAAUAUGUUGGGGUCAUAUUUCAGCACAAAA